UUCUGUUCAUGCAUUACGUAAGCUUUUUUUCAGUUUCGUUUUCCCGAGAAUAUUUAACUCCUGCCGAAACCCAUACACUGUACUCAGCAACGUCAGUACUUUGACACCCAGGAUUAGUCACUCAGCAAGAAAACAAAACAGGAGGGCAGAGCCUGGGACUAUUGCUGGUUACUGUACAGUGGAGAAUCAAGGUGACUUCGUGCAAACUGUCCCUGCUGCAAUUAAUAAAGGAGUAGGGAGUUGGAAAGGGGCAAUCGAGGACAGGGAUGAUCUGAGCCUACUAGUGACAUUCGUAUUGAGAAAGAGGGCUGACCAGAGCACCUGGAAGCUGACUGAGAAACCCCAACAGAGUGCUGGUCACAACCCUCCACCAUGCACAGUGGGGGUAAGGCUCGACAACAUCAGGGUCAAGAGGAGGCGAGGGGCUAUUCCGACAUGGAAGCCAAUCUCAGCCUCAGUGAAGAAGAUAGUCCGGAUGAGGAUGAGGCAGAAGACUUGGACGAGGAUGCGGCGGUGGAGAAUACGUGGAAUGACCUCAAGCAGUUGAGUGACACCAGAGAGGAGGAGAGGUUGGAUAAGCUGCUCCUCAAGGCCUCGACUGGUUCAGAAGUAUCAAAACCUCAGAAGACCUUACAUUAUUUGUCACAGUUAUUGCUCAUCAGCUUUACAAAAAGCCAGAAGGUGAGCUUACUCCGUGACUUUGUGGAGUCUGAGUUCUUUGUCAUUGACGGCGACUCCUUAAUGAUGACAUACAUCCACGAGACGACUCUUGUCCCUGGACAGAAUUUGCACUUCUUUUACCUGGUGGAGAAUUUCUUGUUUGACUUGACAGAGAAGAAAGCGAAGUUCGUCAUUACAUUCUUUAAGGAUGCUGAAAGUAUAUGGAACCAAAGUCCCCUUUACCUCUCUGUAAGGACUGCACUGAUUCUCCACCUUCAGCACAACACCAAAGUCCCAGUCCUUACAAAUUUCUCUAACUGCUUUGAUCCAAAGUGGAAACAGUUCUUGAAUGAGAACCAUCCUUAUUUCGUGAUGAUCUCCGACAAAGCUUUUACCAGCAGUUGGAGUGGGAAGUGUGCAUCUGGAAUGUUCCAGAUCUUCAUGUUCCACGCACUGGGGAACAAAAUAAACGUUGUCCUGUCUUCUGGAAUGAGCUGGGACGUUCUCCGAGUUUAUGCGUAUCACGUUUGCAGCAAGUCAACCAUGAGGUCAAAGUUCAAGACGUAUGAAGUAGAUUUAAAAGUUACCCAUGAAUGGCUGGUGCAGGUUGCUCCUUCGAUUUACGACCAAGUGUUUUGUACCCCGAAUAAAGAAAAACUGGCAAAACAAAUGCAGAAAGAGAUUCAGCACAGCUUCUCCAAGCUGAAGGAUUUAUGGCCCCAGGGAUCAGACAUCAGCAGAAUUCUUUGUGUUGUGUCCUGCUCAGUGGCUCUGAAGAUGUACGCUCAUGAAUUGAUGAUGUUUGGACUUCCUACCAAAAGUGGUGAAACUGCAGAAACUCAGAAGGAAAGAUGCAGUGAACUGGCAAUUCAGUCUGCAGCAGAUAUAUGCAGAAUGUACUGCCUCCAUGUGGCACUUCUGCGUAAUCUACCAUUAUCUGACAGAGCCCUCAAAAAAGAUGCUCCGUGGACAGAUUUUGCUCAUCGCUUCUUAUUGCUGAGAAGGACAGCAGAGUAUUUCAUCCUGAAAAAAUUGCUGGGCGCUGGAUGGAAAAUUGACAUGACUUAUCUGAGUGAUCUGAAUGAUGGCCGUUUGUUGAGGACUGUCGCAAAACUGUGCUCUGAAAAGUCACGUUGUACAGACACAGAGGACCAAUUAGGCAGCAAGAUUGGAGGUGAAUACAAACAUAUCUGGGAAACAGUUGCGAAGACUUCACCUGAACUCAAUGUAGGACAUGCUUUCCCAGUGACAUGUACCUCAAUGAUAUUUCUGAAACCAACAGAGCCUAAAGAUGCAUCCAGGCAGAAAAUUCCAGCCAGUGGGUUAAUACCAAUGAAGUCAACGUUAGUUGAAGAAUUUAUUGGGGAUUUAUUGGAACAAUUGCCACAACUCAACAGUGAGGACCUGGAACAUGAACCACAAUAUAAGCUGAAAGAGUUUGAUGAGGUUUUACAUUGGCAUUCCAGAAAACACAUUGUAUCUACUCUCAAAGGCCAUCAUGAGAACAUGAAGGAAGCAAUGAGAGAUCCAAAGAAAUGGGGAAAGCUGUUACGCAAUGAGCAAAAGCUUGUUGCGCAUGAGAGACUUUAUGCCGAAUCUCUGGAUGAAAACGCAGCAGUGACUAUUGUCACCAGUCCAUCAGUGGUCACCAAGGACUCAGCAAAACAGCAACAUCAGCCGAGAAAGGGUAACAGCAGCAAGCCAGCGAAGAAGAAAAGUUCUGAACUCAUCAUCGAAGCGCAGGAGAAGAAGAAGAAGGAAGAAGAGGAGAGAAAGGCACAGGAACGCUGGAGCUCAUUGCAAGACUCAAUUCAGAAGGAACUGAGCAAUGAUAUCGACAAAGGGAUCAAAUCUCUGGAGAAGUUCCUGCAGAACUGUACCAGCGACAAUGUGAAAGUAACUGCUGAGAUGGAGGCGAGUAAAUACUGCUAUAAGGCUUGGGUCGAACACUGCAGAUCUAAAGGUACUUCAAGAGAUGUGAAAAUCGCAGUGCUUUUGAUGCGAAGAAUUCACAGUAUUCUGAACAGGCAUGAGGUUCAGCUGAGCCCUACAGUACUCAAUGAAUUGGCACGUUAUCUCAAAAAUCUGGGAUUCCUGAACCUAAGAGAAACAGUUCUGGAAAUGAUAGACACAGAACAGAAACGAGAAAUGAAAAUUAAAUCGAUGAAAGAUCCCAAGUUUCCAGUCGGUGUAGGAGCAGCUCGUUUCCAGCUGCAACAUAUGGGUCCUUAUCUAUUCCGGGAGGAAAGGAAAGAUCCUGAUCCAAGGGUUCGGCAUUUUAUACCAGAUUCAUGGCAGAGGGAGCUGUUAGAUGCUGUGGACAACAAUGAAUCUGCUGUGAUUGUAGCUCCAACGUCGUCAGGGAAAACCUACGCAUCUUACUACUGUAUGGAGAAAGUGCUGAGGGGCAGUAACACUGGCAUUGUGGUGUAUGUUUCACCUACCAAGGCCCUUGUUAACCAAGUGGUGGCAACUGUCUAUGGAAGAUUUACCAAAUCAUUACCAAAUGGAAUGGUGGUGUGUGGAUGUUUCACAAGAGAUUAUCACCAUCAUAUUCAUGACUGCCAGAUCCUCGUAACAGUCCCGCAGUGUCUAGAAAUUCUCCUGCUGUCUCCUCAUCUACAGGAUUGGGUUAACAGGAUUCAAUAUGUCAUCUUUGAUGAGGUUCACUGUUUGGGUGGAGAGAUUGGUGCCGAAGUCUGGGAACAUCUGUUGGCCUUAAUCCGUUGCCCUUUUCUGGCUUUGUCAGCGACGAUCAGCAAUCCAGAAGACUUGACUCAGUGGCUGCAGUCAGUGAAAAUGUAUUGGCAAAGGGUGGAAAACAGCUCAGACAUACCUGCUUCAACAAAAGUGCAUCAGAAAAGCAAAAAAAGCCAGAAGACUGAAGCUUACGAAAGCAGACAGUCCUUCAAAGUGAGACUAGUGACUUAUGAGGAGCGAUACAAUGACCUUGAAAAAUUUCUCUGUGACUUUGAGAACAACAAAUACAAGUUAAUUCCCUACCACCCCUGUGCUGCUUUAACAGUGAAGCACAUUCAAGAUUAUGGAAUUCCAUCAGACCUUGCACUUACACCAUCUGAAUGUCUCAGGCUCUAUGAUGCCAUGGUCUUUGUUUUCCCUAAGUGGCCCAGAGCACAGGAGUUUGAGCCCGAGGAGUACAAGUCAUUCAAGAACAAAGUCAUCAUCAGGAAGAGCGAUGUGAGGGAAUAUGAAGCUGACCUGAAGAAAGAAUUUGCAGGAUGGUUGGAAGCAGGAUGGAAAGACAAAGCGGAAGGUGUGUUGCUUUUACUGAACCCGGAAGCUGAAAGGACAUUUCAGGACAGUGAGAAAAGAAACUUUCCACUUCUGGUUGAAACACUACAAAAGAUGGAUUUGUUACCUGCUUUAUUUUUUGCAUUUGACAUUGAUUUGGUUGAGCGAUUUGCUGGUGAGCUGUUGGUUCAUUUGUUGGAAAAGGCGAAGAGCAAAAGGAAGCCAAAUGACAUGAAGGAGAAACAGAAAUUGGAAAACAAACUGCGGAAGCUGUCGAAACACCUGGAGAAAGAAGAUACCUCGACUGACCUCACCAGAAAGCAAAGUGAGCAACUCGUACUUUACCGUACUGAAUACAACACGUUAGAGCAAAAAUACCGGAAACUUUGUGAGCUGCCUCCAGGCUGUACUUUUGCAGAGAUUUCAACGACAGAUGAACAGUUCCGGAAUAAGAUCUUCUUCCGUAUGCGGAAAGCAAACUUUUCUGGGCACUUUCGGGCAAUGCUUAUGCGGGGAAUUGGUUGUCAUCAUGGAUCCCUGAAUAACCGGAUCAAACAAACUGUUGAGAUGUUGUUCAGGCGAGGCUAUAUCAAGGUGGUUAGUUCCACAUCAACACUUGCUUUGGGAAUUAAUAUGCCAUGCAAGACAACUGUCUUUCUUCAAGAUUCAGUGCACCUGGAUUCCCUCAGUUACAGACAGAUGUCAGGAAGAGCUGGGCGUCGUGGUAUGGAUAAUCUCGGGAAGGUUAUUUUUCUGAACGUGCCUUUGCCUAAAGUGCAACGACUGAUAAAAGCUAACGUCCCUCAACUGAAGGGCCAGUUCCCCCUGAGCAUAACCUUUGUGCUCCGCCUCAUGUUAUUAGCAGCUAGGGCCGAUGACAAGAUUGAUGCUCAGGCCAAGGUACUUUCAGCCCUACAACAUUCCAUGAUGACCUUCAAUCAACCCAAAAAGCAGAACAUUGUUAAAUUCUACUUCCUGUUCUCUCUGCAGUUUCUGCUUAGAGAAGGCCAUCUGGAUCAAGAGUGUCAGCCUCAGGGAUUUGCAGGCCUGGUGAUGCACAUACAUUAUCAUGAACCAGCCAACUUUGUCUUCAUCCAUUUCCUGGUGGAAGGUCUGCUGCACAAAAUCUGUCGGCCUCUGAAAAGAAAUUCAAAGCUGUUUUCAGAGGACGUGAUGGAGACCUUAGUUCUCAUACUGGCAAACCUAUUUGGAAGGAGAUAUCUACCACCCUGUUUAGAAGAAGAGAACCUUACUUUUGAUCAGUCAAAGAUUAUUUUCCGCACACUUGGAAUUCAUACAAACAACAUCCCUGUUCUGCAACUGAAGUGCUUUGACAGGCAAGGCAGGAGAAUGCCCCUGAACGCCUAUGCCCUUGACUUCUACAAACAUGGCUGUUUGGAUGCUUUACAUACCGACAAUGGGUUAAAUAGAGGAGAAGCCUUCAAUCUGAUCAAAGAUUUCACAUUGGUAAUUGCCUCAAUCAGCACUUCUCUGGAAGACCUGUGUGAUAAUGAAGAUGACCCUGUCAUUUUGGCAUUCCAACAACUGCACAGGAACUACAAAUCCAAGUUCGAGAAUGUUUGGAGCUAAUAUCCCUGACAUCAGAAGUUUUGACCUUUACAACAAUGAACACUGUGCUCAGGAUUUUGAUUCUGCUGUUAGGAAAAAAAAAUUAAAUGUGCUUCAGGACUCAGCUCUUGGUUCUUUGCAGCUAAAGCCCUGGUGAUUUUUUUUCUUUUGAUGAACUUGAAGUGAAAAUGAAUGCUUUACUGCUGUCAUAAAUCCAAAAGCAUAAGCAUCUUGUUCCGUGAGCGCCCCAGGGAAUUCUCACAAGGACUUGAUAGCAGUAACAUGUCUUCUUGGAAUCCAGUGAUGUCAAUUUUAGUGAUUAAUCAUGUGGAAAGAUGAAGUGAUACAUUUUGGGAGAAGGAAUAAGACAAGGGAGUACAUGUUGAAUACAUGGUACAGAGAGUCAAAGAGAACUUGGAAUAAAUGCCCACAGAUCCGUGAAAGCUCAAGGACAGGCGAAUAAGGUGGUUAACAUGGCAGAUGGGAUACUUGCCUUUAUUAUUCAAGGCACUGGAUACAAAAACAGGGAAAUUACGAGCUGUAUAAGACAGUAGUUAGGCCACAGCUGGAGUACUGCGUCCAGUUCCGGCUACCAAACUACAGGAAGGAUGUGAUUGCACUGGAGGGGGUGCAGAGGAGGUAUAUCUGAGGAAGGAUCACUGGACCCGAAACGUUAACUCUGAUUUCUCUCCACAGAUGCUGCCAGACCUGCUGAGCUUUCCCAGCAAUGUCUGCUUUUGUUUCUGAUUUACAGCAUCUGCAGUUCUUUCCGUUUUUAGAUGUUAUCCAGAUGCAAUGACUCAAUGAUGAGGAGAGACUCAAUACACUGGUUGUUUCCCUUAGAGCAGAGAAGGUUGUAGGGUAGGCUGGGGUGUACAAAGUUAUGAGCGGCAUAGAUAGGGUAGAUAGGGAGACACUUUGCCUCUCAGUGGAGGGAUCGACAACUGGGGGCACAGCUUUAAAGCACGGAGCAAGAGUUUUAGUCAGGGUUUGAGAAUACCCAGAAGGUUAUGGGUAUCUGAAAUUCACUGUCUAACAAGUUGGUAGAGGUGGGAGCCCUCAAACUUAAAAAUUAUUUAGCUGAGCACUUGAAACACCACAGCAUUCAAGGCUAGAAAAUGUCAUCAGAAUUGAUUGAUAUUUGAUGACCAGAACUAUCACAAUGAGCUGAAGGGCCUCUUCCCAGAUUGAAAAACUCUGUGACUCUAUGACUUUUCAAACGCCUUUUGUAUCUCUUAUACUUUGGUAACUUCUUCUCUGGAACUUGAAACGUGCACUGGAAGCACAGACUCUGAGCUUUGCUUUAUAAAUUUUGCUUUAAUUCACAUCUAAUAAAACAAAUGAACAAACA